CCUCCUGCUUGGAUCACAGUCUGAUCGGAGUCACAGGAGGCUGAUGGUACAGGCUCUGAACCUUCAGAGGAGACUGAGACCAGGGCUUUGACGCCACUUUGGUGAACGUUACAUCUCGUCCCUGCUGGUCGGGGUACGAGUAGGGAGCUGGUCUCACCUAAUAGUGUCUGGGACACUCCAUCUAUUUAUUCUACCAGUUACACACAGAUGAGCCUAAUGGAGGCAGUGGAAGGAUACAGGGUGAGAGCUGGAGCACCGGCUGAAGGAUACAUAAAGGAGUUCACUCGCCAUUCCAAUGACGUCCUACUGAACCUGAAUGAACUCCGACACAGAAACAUCCUGACCGACACCACCCUGCUCAUCAGGAACCAACGGCUGCAGGCGCACUGUGCUGUGCUGGUGGCCUGCAGUGGGUUCUUCUACUCGCUCUACUCCCGCCAUGCUCUGCUUCACGGUGGCGGCAGCAGCGUUGACCAGCCAAUGACCGUGUCCCUCCCCAACACCUUGGACCCGUCUAGCGUCUCCCUGCUGCUGGACUUCAUGUACACCGCCCGCCUCCCACUGACUCCCAGCAUCGUCCCAGGUGUCCUCGCCGUCGCCACCUAUCUGCAGAUGGACCAUGUGGCUGACACCUGCCGGGACUUCAUGCAGAUGCACUGCAGCGACAACAUAAACAUUAGACGUCCACAGGUGGAGCUGGACUCCAGGGUCUCUGUUUCCUUUGUCGCCCCCAAAGAAGGGGAUCUGCCCAAACCAGGACUGAAGGUUUUACUCCCAGUGCCAGGGACGACCAGGGUCCCUGUGGAGGGUGGGGGCUCUCUGAAGCCAGGGGCUUUCCCGACCUGCCAGCCUGGGUCAAAGGAGCUAAAAGGAGAGCCUGACUCCCCCCUCCUGGGCCCCCCCACACCGUCUCCGGACAGUCCUGCUCGCUCCAGCUGCCAACCCAACUCUCCAGCCGAAUCCAACACCUGCAACAAGAACCUUAUGAGUGAGACCAAACCGACUUUGGACCCAAAAGCCUGCAACUGGAAAAAGUACAAGUACAUCGUCCUGAAUCCUCUGUUUGCUGCGACUACGGUGAAGGAAGAGGAGGCAGAGGAACCCCAGCGUCACACUGUGACCCCAAAAACUCCCCCAGAGGCGUGGUCUGGAGAAGUGCCUGGUCAGAUUGAUAGACAGGGGCAGGCCUCCUGCUACGAGGGUUCUGGCCGAGCCCCUCCCCUCGGGCCACCUCCCUCUGUGGACCAACCAACAGUGCCCCCCACUCAGGAGGGAACAGUCUCACCAUGCUCCAUUUUCCCCAAACUGCUCCCAGCUGAUCCAGAAACUCACCUUCAGAACCAGCACAUCAUCAAAAGAGAAAACUACUUUGUACCGUUUUGCUAUUCAGGAAACUCUGGAGGAACCAAGACAGUCUGUUCAGGUGACAAACCAUACCGCUGUAAUGUCUGCGGCGCCCAGUUCAACCGACCGGCAAACCUGAAGACUCACUCUCGCAUCCACUCUGGAGAGAAACCCUAUCGCUGUGACACUUGUGGAGCCCGGUUUGUUCAGGUUGCCCACCUCAGGGCCCACGUCCUGAUCCACACUGGGGAGAAACCCUACCCCUGUCACACCUGUGGAACCCGCUUCCGCCACCUGCAGACCCUGAAGAGUCACCUACGCAUCCACACUGGAGAAAAGCCAUACACCUGUGAGAAGUGUGACCUCCACUUCCGCCAUAAGAGCCAGCUGCGUCUCCACCUCCGGCAGAAACACGGGGCCAUCACUAACACCAAGAUCCGAUACAAGAUCCUGACCGAGCCCUACCAGCCCCUUCUGCAGGCCUGUUGAGGAUGCCUGACCUUUGACCCCUAGGCUGCCACUGGUCUCAGUCAUGACAGAUGAAAACAUGUUGAAUGAAGUAGAAAUUAACCAUGCAUUUUCAGUAUGAGGGUAUUUUAGGAGUUGGUUUAACGGAAGGUUAUAUAAAAAGUUAAAAUGGACGUAAGUUAGAUUCAGUAUUCUUGAAUGAUGAUGAUGAACUGGGUGCAGAUUAUGUUAAAGGAUGUGAUUUUAAAGGUUUGUGAAGUGAAAGAAAAGAGGAAUGUGAGACAUGAGAGACCUUUUAAUGUGAGAUGUUAGAUGGAAAUAGAGAAUGUGAACAUUUUAAAGAAGGAUUAUGCAGGUUUUAUAACGAAGGAGUAGUGGAUUUAGAAAUAAAGACAGAGGAAGCACUUAACCGGAGUGUAGAUUCUAAAGAUUGUGUGUAAAGUUUAUUUAACUCAGAUGUAGUUUAACCUUUGGGCCUGGGGCCUGAUUCUGCUUUGACAAACUGAAGAUAUUUGUGCUUUUAAUCCAAGCAGGUGAAGAACUUGGUUGUCUAAUACAGAACACAAAUGAACAUUGUUUCCUGAUAAAUAAAGCUGUAAGCAAUUGGAUGGUUGUUAAUAAUAUAAAAAAAAAAAAUAGUUGGAGUUAAUUUGCUGGACAAAGAUGUUUUUCUACAUUUUAAAUUAAAUCUUUUAUAAUCAAUUGGA